AGCAACCGUAGGAGAGGAUGAGAUCUGCUGUAUGUUUAGAAGUUCUGACAACUUUCAUGAACGUGGAGGGUGAACCUCUUUUCUUGGACUGGAUGCGGUGGACAGCGUGGAUCGUAGAAUCUGUUGUAGCUAGCAGGGCUUGGAGUAUUUCUUCUGGUGUAAAGGAUAUAUGAAUGUUCCGGAUAAAUAUAGUGUGGAGACUGGCACUGCUUUUGGGGGGUUGGAAAGUGAAGUUCAGGGUUGGCGAAGGUAGUGGAAAUCUUCUAGUAAGCCUCCCUUCCGCAGACGUCGAGUUCGCUCAGGGAAUACUCGGGCUUGGGGUUUGAAGUGGCGGAUGAAGUUGGCCGUGUCCCGCGGCGAGAAGUCGAGAGGUCGCUGUAUCGAUGACGAUUUUGUUCCCCAUAUGGUUGGCGACACAUGGUAUGAUGACAAGAAAUGUCAAAUGCUAACAUGUAUCUACAUCGAAGGUUUCCUGUACAUUUCUGGAUAUGGAUGCGGAAGAAUUGGAUAUUCUCCAGGGUGUCGUGUCGUUAAAAGAAAAGGACAUUAUCCCGUUUGUUGUCCAACUGCGAAGUGUUCAUAAUUAAAGUAGCUGCUGUCAUCUAGUGGCCAUAGUUGAAACCUUAAGAAUAUUACUAUCAAAUGGUAUAUAUGUACGAAUCUUAUAUUUUUGCGUUAUUGUAAUCCAAUUCCCGAAAUUAUUUAUAUCUUUAAAACGUUCAUUAUGCUUUAUGGUUAACUAUUUGAAGAAGAAAAGCACAAUGUUGACAGUACUGUGUUGAAUAUACGAACUAUAGAAACAUGCCAUGAUUUGUGGUUAAGUACUCUGAAAAUAAUGAAUAAAACAUUAGUGAAAAAAUACAGUAAACGGAACAAACUGUCAGAAG